GCGGCGGCGGCGGCGGCGGCGGCGGAGGGAGGGACUGACGAGAGCGUGCUGCGGAACUGAUCGGGAGGCGGGGGACGGGAUGAAGAAGCGGAAGCGAGAGAUCGGCGGCGGCGGCGGCGGCGGCGGCGGCGUCCGGGGGGGAUUCCACCGCCUCCUCCGCGGGAGGCUCGCCCACAGCUGCCGCUUCCACGGCGGCCUCCUCCCGCUGAUCUCCGCCGUGUCCGGCUGCCUCCUGUUCCUCCACGCCGUCCUCUCCCUCCUCUCGCCUUCCCCGUCGUCCCUGCUGCAGCAGGACCACCUCGCGUUGCGACACCGCGGCUCGGCGUCGUCGGAUCGAGCUGGCGACGGAUUGGAGGAGGAAUCGCCGGCGGCGGCCGGGAACUUGUUUCGUGUUCCGUCUACUGGAGGAAGUUUGAGUCGCGAUUUGUGGACUUCGAGGUCAUCGAGCUUCUUCUACGGCUGCAGCAAUGCCAGCGGCCAAUUCAUGACCGCUGAGGCGAAAACGCAACCUAACCGAUACCUGUUGAUCGCCACUAGUGGAGGAUUGAAUCAACAAAGAACAGGGAUAACAGAUGCUGUUGUUGCAGCUUAUAUACUAAAUGUCACCCUUGUUGUGCCGAAGCUGGACCAGAAAUCUUUCUGGAAAGACUCAAGCAACUUCAACGAAAUCUUUGAUGUCAACUGGUUUAUUUCCUUUCUCUCAAAGCAUGUAAAAAUCAUAAAGCAGCUCCCAGCAAAGGAGGGAGGAAAAGCACUGAACCCAUAUACCAUGCGCGUCCCUCGGAAGUGCAACCCAAAGUGCUAUCAAAGUCGUGUUCUGCCUGUCUUAAACAAAAAGCAUGCUGUUCAACUUACCAAGUUUGAUUACAGACUAUCAAACAGGCUCAACAAAGAUCUGCAAAAGCUGAGAUGCAGAGUAAACUACCAUGCUUUGAAGUUCACAACUCCAAUUGUUGAGAUGGGUAGGACAUUGGUAGAGAGGAUGAGGUCGAAAAGCAGUCACUUUAUAGCCCUUCACUUAAGGUUCGAACCAGACAUGCUUGCAUUCUCUGGAUGCGAUUACGGUGGUGGAGAGAAAGAAAGGCGGGAGCUUGGUGCUAUUCGAAAGAGGUGGAAAACUUUACAUGCAAGCAAUCCUGACAAAGUAAGGAGGCAUGGAAGAUGCCCGCUAACUCCAGAGGAAGUUGGUCUGAUGCUGAGGGCUCUCGGUUUUGGAAGUGAUGUCCACAUUUAUGUGGCAUCCGGUGAGGUGUACGGUGGCAACGAGACAUUGGCACCACUGAAAGCACUCUUUCCCAAUUUUCAUUCGAAGGAGACUAUAGCAAGCAAGGAAGAGUUGGCACCAUUCUCAUCAUUUUCAUCUCGGAUGGCUGCACUGGACUUCAUUGUUUGUGAUGAAAGCAAUGUUUUUGUUACCAACAACAAUGGAAACAUGGCCAAGAUUUUAGCUGGCAGAAGGAGAUACUUUGGGCACAAGCCAACCAUAAGGCCAAAUGCUAAAAAACUAUACAAACUAUUCCUAAAUCGGAGUAGCGCUCCAUGGGAGGAAUUUGCCUCGAGGGUUCGGACCCAUCAGAUUGGUUUUAUGGGAGAACCCAACGAGGUGAGGCCAGGCAGAGGCGAGUUCCAUGAAAAUCCAUCGUCUUGCAUUUGCGAGAAACCCGAAGCGAAGUCCAGGGCACGCAUGGAUGCCCCCACAAGAACCGAUGACAGCGGCGAAGCUGAUAAGGAGAAGAACGCAGGGAAGGUAUCGACGUACGAUGCGACAGAAGAGCAGAAACCCGAAGAUGAACAAGAUGGGCCCGACAUGGAUUACAUGGAAGACGGAAAUGAAAACCAAGGGAAUCGCUUGCCAAACGGAUCGGAUUCCGAAACCAACCUGCUCAAAGCCGAACAGCCAGAACUGGAAGAGAUGUUUUCUGACUGAAGGAAAGAUACGGUCCAUCCCUGACUCCACUCUCCUUUCAAUUCUUUGGGUCUUUCCAUCAGCCCUUGCAGCCAAUUCUGUUUCUUCGGACGACAUCAAGAAGGCGCAUUGUAUAUAGAAAUCGGGCGCCUGAUGUUCUCACAACUUCAUCGGGGGGCCAACCGCAAGCAAAUCCCGGGCUUCCGCGAUUGAAUUUUUGCUUCUCUUAAUUGUGUAUUCAUGCAGCAUUUCCUUGUAAAUUAAAACAAUUUUGGGCCCUCUUCUUUUUGCUGUGAUUCUUAGCCAUUUGCUUUUGCCGCAAGGCAGAGGAAGGAACAGGGGGAAUAAGAAUAGGUACUUACGUUUUUUGGUA